CAAAGAUUCAUGAUGGAAUUCAUUCUCACCUAAAUUUGAGCCGUAAAUAAAACAAAUCAGUUCAAGAAAAAAGAUCUCGCUUAAACCAACGGCAUCUUUUGGCCCACCCGAAACCUUCCGUGCGCCACUCACAGUUCCCCAUUUAUCACUAACCUGCUCGAUCUUUGACAGUCCACUCGUCCUCGGCUCGAACUGUAUAUAAACGCACUUCAAAAAGUCCUUUUUUCCCCAAUCCCUUUCAUCAUUUUCGUACUUUUUUGGCCAUCUUUUAUCUAUCUCUAUCACCAAUAGUUGGAAAUGCGUUGUGGGUUUUCUGUAUACUUUUGGAUAUAUGAUUUCACGCGUAUUUGGCCGCGCAGCUGAGUUUUACCCUUUUACGUGUGCUGCUGGAAUUGAAUUGGAGGUAUAUUUAGCACAAACCAAGGAAGUUGUUUUUCUGGUGAUUGCACAUUUUGUCCUGUGACAACUCAAUAGAAGAUACAAUAAUGCACGAGCCAGAAGCAGAGGCCGAACCCUGGAGCUUUCUCAACAUUGACAAUAUUUUCAGUAACAAUUAUUAUGGAGACAGCUCUCAGCAUGAUGUAAAAAUUUGUCAUGAACAGUACAUAACAGAUAACAAUUAUGCUAACAUCGAGAACGAUGAGAUUAUUGCACGUUCUCUUCUUCAAGAAGAAUUGUCUCAGUUGUCAAUUGCAGAAUCUCCUAGAUUAUCACAUUCUGAGGAAGAAUACUUGCAAAAUUCCAAUGUCGUCCCAAAUUGGAAUGAUUCUUCAAAUAACUAUUAUCCUGACCAAGAGGCUGGUCAAAAUGAAAGUGAUGAUGAGGCUAGUUUAUGCUCCAGCCCUGAGGAUGGAUCUUAUGAUGGAGAUGACUUUUCUUAUACUCUGGACAUAACAGAUGGGUCUGAACUUGAUGGAGAAGUCGAAAAGAGGUUGUACCAAAUGGUUCCUGUUCCUGGAAUUCAAAUAUGUAUUGGUGUGCAGCACAUUCCAAGAAUUAAUGGAGAUAUACCCUCAAUUGACGAAGCAACUUCUGAUCAUCAGAGGCUACUAGAUAGGUUACAGUUGUAUGACUUGAUAGAGCACAAGGUUCAAGGAGAUGGAAAUUGUCAGUUUCGUGCUUUAUCUGAUCAGUUUUAUCGGACACCUGAACACCACAAAUUCGUGAGAAAGCAAGUUGUUCGUCAGCUUAAAGCUCAUCCUGAAAUUUACGAGGGGUAUGUCCCAAUGGAAUAUGCCGAUUAUCUCAAAAGGAUGUCCAAGAGUGGGGAGUGGGGUGAUCAUGUCACAUUGCAGGCAGCUGCAGACUCGUAUGGAGUGAAGAUUGUCGUAGUAACUUCUUUUAAAGACACCUGCUACAUCGAGAUUCUUCCCAUGGACCAACAGUCGAAAAGAGUCAUAUAUUUGAGUUUCUGGGCUGAAGUGCACUACAACUCAAUUUAUCCUCAAGGAGAUCUACCCCAGAGCGAUCUCAAGAGAAAGAAGAAGUGGUGGAACUUUCGAAACAAGCAAUAGGCGAAUAAUUUAUACACUAUUAGGGCAUCAAAUCCGAAUAAUCCUUACAGGGAACUAACUAUAUUUUGUUUCUACAUCGUCUCUGUAGAACACAAUAAAUAGGCUUAUUAUAUUACCAUCAUUAUACUGUUACAAUAUAUUAAUUCAUAAGUCAUAUGUAGUUGACUACUUGGGAGCAUAUAUCAUGUGCUAAUUGAAUAAAAGAGCACACAGAAGCAAUAAAGUCUAAUUUUUCAGUGCUAUUGCAAAAAACAGCAACAAGUCUGGUGACUGAAUGAAUGAAAUACUGCACAGAGAAAGAAUACUGAAAUGGCAAUUAGGGGCACUUGCAUUACUUAAAUUGCCAAUGACGGACAAAACUCAUCCUCAAUUCAAUAUUUGACAGAAGAAAAGUACUUCCUUUAAGGCCCAACAUCUUUCUAUUUUCUACUUUUCAUCCCCUAAAAGCCCUCAACACAGCAAGAAGAAAAAACGGAUUAUUACAACAGUAAUAGGCUAUUUUAACUGCUAUAAUUACUUGAAAAUGUCCCAACCAGACACCAUUAUUACUGCUCCUGAUUCCUAUCCGCCGGGCUGUGCACCUCCUCCGCCUCCACCACCGCCGGCUGGAGGAGCAACGCCGUGAAAGGCAUGUGGUGGUACCUGUCCGGAAAAAAACCCAGCUCCAACGGCGGUGGCUGGCAAAGAUCCAGCCUGCAGCCACCCUGCGUCGCUGCUGCCACGGUGACCGCGGCCGCCUGGACGGUGGACGAAGCGGGGGACGGCGGGAGGACGCCGGAGGAGGUGGAAACGGCCUCGGCGGGGACGGUGCCGGACCCGGUGGCGGCGACAAUCGAGGGCUCGGCCUGGCGGAGGAGC